GACGCUUCUGGCGUCUCUUUGGCCUCCGCCGAUGUCCCCCAGGCCCACAGACGUUGCCCCCUUCUUUAGUGUUAUCCAUUUGGGCUGCUCGCGGGGUCAAACAUAACGGCUCUUACAGACUUGAAGUCGAGUGCGGAGCUGCAUCCCCGAGACACAGCAACUGGGCAGAGGGGACAAAGGCUCUUGUGCCACUGCAGUUCACUUGUGGUCUCCUCGGAGUGUCUCCAAGGGAACAGCUAAAGUUUUCCUUGUGGAGGAGGAGGCUCGUGCAAGACGACAAGUGCGUGGGUGUUGCCUACAUGGCCUGCUGUCUCAUUCCUCAUGAGGUGACGAGUGUCUGCCGUUUGCCUUUGGAGCACAAGUCGAGGAAGAGUGGGAUUUUAGUUGUUGAGGCCUUCCGGUUUCUCCCCAGGAUCCCUGCUGCUGCUGCUGCCGCUGCUGCUGCCGUUGCGGCGGCAGCUGCAGCUACCGCAGCCGAUGCUGAGCCCGGGGCAGAUGCUGAUGCUGCUCCUCCUCCUGCUGCACUUGCGGUGGAAGAGGAACAACUGAGGCGACAAUGGCAGCAAGGACCUGAAGGAAGCCACAAAACGCUCCCAGGGCAAACGCCGAAGCGGCCAGCAGCAAAAGCAGAAGCAGCAACAAGAGCUGCUGCUUCUGAUGGGCCGCAACAGCAGCAGCAGGCAGACACACCCGUUGCAGCGAAUCAGGAGACUGGCAGCAGCAGCCUCUUUGUGGAUCUCCUUGACCUAUUUGACCCUGCGGAAGAGCGCCAACAGCAGCAGCAACGGCAGCAGGAGCAACAACAGCAGCAGAAACAGCAACAGCAAUCCGACCAGGAGCAAUUGCUUCCACGGGGUACUCGAACUCUCGCCGCUCCUAAUGGCGAGGGUGUUAACGAGCUGCUGCUGCUAGAGCGAUCACUGCAGCAGCAGCUGCCGCUUCGGGAACAGCAACAGCAACAGCAGCCGCAACAGCAACCCGCACCUGCAGAGCAACAGGAGAAACGUGAAGAAUUGCCCCUUCACAGCCGUGAGGAAGUGCAGGAACUGCCGUCAGUGGAGCAGCAGCAGCAGCCUUCCAUGGUGCAACAACAGCAACCAGGCAAGCCGCUAGCGUCACCCCCUCAAAAUGAGCAGCAACAACAGCAACAGCAGGAACAACAACAACAGCGGGAGCAGCAACAGAGGCAACACCAACAAGAGAAGCAGCAGCAACAGCAGCAACAGCGUCGUUCCUAUGCAGCUCUAGAUGCCCUCUUUUACGCAGACGUGGCGGCUCACUGCAGAGACCCCGCAACAGCAGCAGCAGCACGAUCAGCUGCUGCAGCAGCAGCUGCUGCUGCUGAGUUGCCCUCUUCUGUAGGGCAGGAGUUGAUGCAGAAGAUAACGCAAUCGCUGCCAGAGUUGCAGCAGCUGCAGCAGCAGUUGCAGCAGGAAGCCCAGCAACAGGAAAUGGCAGGUGGAGCCGCUGCACCAGCAUACAAGGAGCAGCAGCAACAGCUGCAGCCUGUGGAAUCCACCGGCGCUACAGAUGAUGCUGCAUCCCCUGCAGCAGACCAGCUUCCGCCUGCUUGUGUUGCGGCAGCUGGACCGAAUAGAGCUGCAGUUACGCCUGGUGGAGGGCCAGAAUAUCUGCAGGGAGGCGUCCGUUCCGCAGGGCAGCAGCAAGAGCAGGAUGAAAGCGGGAGUGCGAGCGCAGCAGCAACAGCAGCAGCUGCACCGACAGCAGCUGCAGCAUCGACCCCAUCUGCAACAGCAGCACCAACAUCAUAUACUGGAGGCAUGUCGGCAGAACCGCUUAUCGGGGUUUUCCCUAAAGAGCCUUCCCCUGCAGCUGCUCCUCCUACACCUGUUCGUACUGCAGGGGUUCCCAUUGUUGCUGCUCCCGCUGCUGCACGAGCUGUUCAUCUUUCUGCAAGCAGCAAGGCAACUAGUGCAGCUUCUCCAGAAACUACUCGUGGUCUUGCAGAUGCAGCAGCAACAGCAGCAACAGCAGCUGUUUCUGCUGCUGCUGCUGUUCCACAAGACGUUUUGCCGGCUAUAACAGUAGCCGCACCUCACGAUGCUUCUCCUAGCACUGCUCCUCCAGCUCCUGCGGCUGCAGUUGCUCGUACUGUUGCAGUUGCUCCUUCAGCGGUAGCUGCUCCUGAGUUUGCUCUUACUCCUGCAGCAGCUGCUCGUGCUACAGGUGCUGCUGCUCCUGCUGCUGCCGGAGUGAAGGCGUCCAGUAGAGGCGGAGUGCGUGUGUUCUCGGACGAGGGGAAUGAUGCGAGCCGACUGCAGCAACAGACGCAAAAUUGUGAGCGGCCGCGGCAGCAGCGGCAGCAGCAGGAACACCACGCGCCUCAGUGGCCAGCAGGACGAGGCGUUGGUAUUGCGGCGCCAGCAGCAGCAGGAUCAACAGCACCUCCAGCAGCAGCAGAUACAGCUACAGCAGCAGAAGGGGGCGACUGGCCACCACCUCGUAGGCCAACAGGGUGGCUCCCCACACCUCCAGUUGGGAAUUUUGUGUUCAAGCAGCAGCAGCUGCUGCGUCAGCAGCAGCAGCAACAUCAUCCCCACCAGCAGCACCAUGCUUCUCCCUUAUCGCAACCAGCGGACGCCCAACCACAGCAGCUACAACAGCCGCCACAGCUGCAACAACAGCAACCGCAGCAGCCGCAGCCACCCGGAGUCCUCUUUCCAGCAGCCGAUGAGCACCAGCAGCUGAUUCCACACCAGCAGUUCCAUCUACAACAGUCGCAGCAGCAGAUGCUGCCGCCGCAGCAGCAGAUGCCGCCGCAUCAGCAGAUGCUGCCGCAGCAGCAGAGCUUUCCCCAACCGAUGUGGCCACAGCAGGCGCACCAGCUGCAAAUCCCACAGCCGCAGGCGCUUCCGCAGCAGAUGCAGCCGCAGCAACAACAGCAGCAACAGUCACAGCGGCAACAGAUCACGAAGAAAUUUUUCAGUGUCUUUAGUCCAUUCCCUGAAAAGCAGCGGCGAGCGCCUUCACCCACUGAGACCGAGGAGUCAACCCUGUAUGCGGAGCAGCAGCAGCAACAGAAACAGCAGCCACCACUGCAGCACGAGCACUUGACACCUCGCCAACCUCCAUCACACCAGCAGAUACAGCAGCAGCAACCGCAGCCGCAGCAGCAGCAACCGCAGCGGCAGCCGACUCCGGAUGCCGAGAAGAAGCGGAGUCUCUUCAGUCUCCCCUUCCGGCUACGUCGUGGUGCUGGAGGCAGCAAUACCAGCAACAGUGCUGCUGCUGUACCGACGGCAGCAAAAGCUGGUGCAUCUGCUGCUGCAGAUGGACAAGCCUCCGAGAGAGCCAGAGGAGGAGAGGCGGCAGACGACCGAGAGCAUCAGCUGGGAAUGCAGCAGUCGACUCCUUAUUGUUCCUUUGGAGCUCACAGGGAAAAUACAGAAGAAACAGAAGCUGCAGAAGCAGCAGCAGAAUCAUCGUCAACCGCCACGGAUUUUGCUGGAGGCAGUCCUCGUCCAUCGUUGCAAUGCUUUCCUGUGGAGUUCCCAGAGUCUGCCCCUGCAGUUUCACCGGCGGCAGCAAAGGGGAAGCCUGCUGCUGCUGUAGCUGCUCCGCAGUUUCCAGCUGCAGCAGAUGACGACGACCCUUUCAAGUUUCAGUUCAAAUCUCCCAUGUCUGCAGCAGCAGCAACAGCAGCAGCUCCGGCUGUCCGUUCACCUCCGCAGCACGGCCACACAUGGUCGGCCCCCCUGAGGCUCCCCGACGAGCCGCCGGGAGAAGAAGAGGAUGAACUGCGGCAGCAGGAGCAGCAAGGGGAACGGGAGAGUGACUCUUGGUGGGUACUCCCAGAACGCGAGACAGCUGAAGUGCCUGAGAGGAAAGCAAGCAAAGGGGAGAAGCAAAAGAAGCAGCAGCAUGACCGCCUGCAGCAGCAGCCACAGCAUAAGCAGCAGCAGCAACGGGGAAGUACGCAGCAGCAGCAGGAGCAUCAGCAGCACCAGAGUCUUCCUAGGAAUGAUGAGCGGGAACUCAAAGUGUCUAAACAGCAUUCUGUCUCCUUAUCCCCCUUGCCAUCUCUACGUGCCUCUGAGGGGCCCCAGAGCUCUCGAUUGUCUUCGUAUAAAAUAAUUGCAGCAGCUGCUGCAGUUGAUGGUGCUGCAACAGCUGAUGGUGCUGCAGUAGCUGAUGGUGCUACAGUAGCUGAUGGUGUUGCAGUAGCUGAUGGUGCUGCAGUAGCUGAUGGUGCUGCAGUAACUGAUGGUGCUGCAGUAACUGAUGGUGCUGCAGCACCAAAUGGUGCUGCAGCACCAGAUGGUGCUACAGCAGCCAAUGCUGAUGCUUCAUCUGAUGGUGCAGCUGAUGUUGAUGCUGCAGCUGAUGCUGCUGUGGAGCCUGCUGCGGCUGCUACACGAGGUGCUGCUGCAGCAAAGCAUGGAAAGAAGAAGGACCAACAGCAGGCUUCACGCAAAUCGAAACAUCACAAGAAAAGUGCUGCUGCUGCAGUGGGACAAGACACACACGAUGAGGGCUUCCCGCCUGGCUGGGGAGAGACCUGGUUGGAGGCUGAGGCAGCAACAGAAGAAGCAGGUAUGGCAGCAGCAGCAGAGCAGCACCAGCAGCAACAGCACCACCACCAAAUGAUGUACUGGCCCACAGGCCUCUACUCCGGACUGCACAGCUCUUCUCCAAGCGCGGCAAGCGAGAAGAAGCAGCAGAAGCAGCAGCAGCGGGUGUUGGCAGCUAUGCAGGCAGCUAACGCGCACAGCCCACUUCAGGGGAGUCACUACACUACCUGUCAUUCAAAGCAGCAGCAGCAGCAGCAGCCACCUCAUGUGCUGGAGUACGCUGGCCCGCAGCUGCAGUACACCCCUCAGCAACUACAGAAUUUGCAAUACCAGCGUCGACUCCAGAUGCAACCGCAGCAGCUGCAGCAGCUGCACCAGCAGCAGCUGCACCAGCAGCUGCUGCAGCAGCAGCAGCUGCAACACCAGCAGCUGCAACACCAGCAGCUGCAACAGCAACAGCUGCAACAGCAGCAGCUGCAACAGCAUCAGCUGCAACAGCAACAGCUGCAACAGCAACAGCUGCAACAGCAGCAGCUGCAACAGCAGAAGCUGGUGCCAGGACAGGCGCUUCUUUCAGGAAACACGCACCAGCCGUUGGCCUACGCGCCUCCACUGGGCGGCAGAAUGGAAGAAUCUCAACAAUCGUGGAUGAUGGGGCCUCUGCAGCAGGCUGCUGCUCCAAGUACGCCGCAGCAACAACACCAGCAGCAAUACCUGCAGCAGCAGCCGCAGCAAAGAUUCCCACCACCUACGGACAUACACCCUAACGCCUGUGAGCCACCGGAGCAGCCAUACGCAGCUGGGAUGAUGUUGCUGAAGCAGAAGCAGCAGCAGCAGCAGCAGCAGCAGCAGCCGUUGCCAGACCCAAAGCGUGCCAUGCAGCAUCAGGACUUCCCGGCCCCUGGAGUUCCCCAUGGAAUGCUGGUUACUGCCCAGCAGCCAGUGCAGCAGCUGCAGCAACCACAGCCGCAGCUAGGGCAGCAGCAGUUGCAACAGCAAGAAAUGGCGGUGCAGCAGCAGACGGAGCAGCAAUUGCAACAUUAUUACCUGCAGGAGCAGCAAACUCGUCGCCAGCGACAUAAACAGCAGCAGCAACUGAUGCAUCAACAGCUGCGCAUGCAGCACUCCACGUAUCCACAGUCACUAGUGCAGCAGCAGCAGCAUUCCCAGCAGAACCCGGUUGACGCAGGGGAGCAACACGAGCACCGGUCUCGUCACAAGCAUUCUCGUGUGCGUCCGCAGCAGCAGCCUUCGCUGCAACAGCAACUCCCACAGCAACAGCUGCAGCAGCCCUGGCAGCAGCAGCAGCAGCUGGCCGUGCACUUCCCACCGCUCGCAGUGAUCCAGGGAGGCGCGCCUCCUGGGCAGCAGACGCUGCAGCAGCAGCAGCAGCAGCCCCACUAUAAGCAGAGCCCCUGGGCCCAGCAUUUGCAUCUGGCCCCAGAAAUGCACCAGCAGCAGCAGCUGCAGCUAGUGCAUCAGCAACAGGAGCCUCUGCUUCAGCAGCAGCAGCACCUUCAGCAACAGCUGCAGCCACACCUGCAGCACCCGCUGGGAAGGCCCGUGGUUGUGAGUAGCGUUCAUGCUCCCAUGCAGCAACAACUUCAUCUUCAGCAGCAGCAGCAACAGCAACACCAACAACAAGCGCAGGUGUCUUUUAGCCGCAAUCCUUUUGCCCAGCCUCGCAGCAGCCGGUUGGCUACUGGUGCGCUUCUGCCUUUGUUGACUUGCUGCUGUGGCGCUGCCGCUGCUGCAUUGGCUGCUGCCGCCGAAGCAGCACAAACUGUUCCAAUAACAGGUAUUGAAAGUCUCUACAGGUCGGCGAUCUUGCCGUACACUGCAGCAGGAGAGCGACAGAAGCAGCAGCGAAUAGCAGCAACAGAAGCAGCAAGUAGUAGUAGUAGUAGUAGUAGUAGUAGUAGUAGUAGUACAUGCAGCUACAGAAAGAGCAGGGGAUUUGAACAGCGAGGGAGACAGAAUGGGCAAAUAGAGACAAGCAAAAUAGAGAAGGGCAGCAGUAGACUAGGGAACAAAAAGUUCUGCUGCUGCUAA